AUGAAAUGUUUUGAAGAGGAACAUACAAAUAUAAUAGAUUUAUAUCAAAGUAUUCCAGGAAAGAUUUCAUUUGCCUUAGAUUGUUGGACUUCAACAAAUAUUUAUUCAUUUCUUGCUAUUACGGGACAUUGGAUUACACAAGAUUGGGAGCUUCAAAGUUCUUUAAUAGAUUUUGUAAAUAUUUCUGGUCCUCAUUCUGGAGAAAAUUUGUGCAACGCAUUUGUUAAAAGCUGUAAUAAAUUGGAAAUCUUGUCAAAAUUAUUUGCAAUUACAAGCGACAAUGCUACAAAUAAUGAUACUUUAAUGAAAUAUUUAGAAGAUAUAUAUAGAAGCAAAAAUAUUUUAUUUGAUGCUAAUAAAUUUCAUUGCCAUUGUAUUGCUCACAUUUUAAAUCUGGUUGUACAAGAUAUCCUGAAACAUUUAAAAGCUGAUAAUGUGCAGGCUAAAAAAUGA